AUGACGAUGUGGCCGUGUCGAUCUUGCAUCGGGAAAACAAAAAAAAAAAAAAAAAGAGGGAAAAAACACCAUUUCCAUUUCCAUUAUUAUUAUUUGCCUUUUUUUUUACUAUUUAUUUCGCAUUUCUUCUGUGCUGUGUGUCUUCUUUUUCCUUUCUUUUCCCUAUUUUUUUUUUUUUUUUUACGUGCUUAUAACAUUAGAUGUACUCACACAAAGGCGAUGUCUUCGGUAGAAAAUAUUCCAGUAUCCAUUCCAGAGAUGGAAACGUUGUGUGAAAAAAAGGAGGCUGCCGUAACAACCCUUCUUCAAAAAGUCCUCAGCCAAUACGGCAACGUUUACCCGCCCCAGUUUAUGAAAUGUGCGAACGAAGAAGACAGACGGAUCCUGGCGUAUAAAUACCUGAAGGCCCGCAGUUGGAAGGUUUCUGAUUCGAUGGAAAUGAUUAAGGAAAACAUGACAUUUAGGGCAAAACACGAUGCAGAUCAUAUGAAUUUAUUUCCAUGCGUGUUCCCUCUUCGUGGCUUCGAUGAGGAAGACUUGUGCCGCACCAUACAGGAUCCCUACACGGAAAAGCAAAGGUGGACUGAGCUCUGCUACCUCGCGACAGCCCCCUACUAUUCGGCAGGAUAUCAUU